CUCCCCCCUGCCCCCCUCACUACCUCUCUCCCUCUCCCUCUUUCCCCCUCCCUUCCGUUCUUUCUGCUUUUUUAGUUCCAUCUCAUCAUGUCUGGACCGCCUGAAGAUCGCUGGUCUGGCUUCAUCGCCGGGACGCCUCUUAAUCGUGAUGAGCGCGUGCCCAUCUUCGGCGGCCCGCCGCGACGGGAGCCCGGCACCGAGGCCGACACCCCGCCGCAGGGGAAGCCCCAGGACUCCUACACCGGCCAAGACAAGAAGGACUACGAGACGUGCCUCUCGCGUGUUCGCUUCCUUGCCAACAGCUCGCAUUCGAAGUUUUUGCUGCACUCUAUCGCGGACAAGGGCUGCGCCCUGGGCAUUGAGCACUUCAUCUGCCAGCGUUGCCCGCCGGAGAUCGCCGCCGGCUUCGACCCGGCCAUGGGCAUUUUGCUGUGCCAAAACAAUCUUCGCAAGGCCGAACACUUCCGUGAAGCCAUGAAUCACCAGCUGGUGCAUGCGUAUGACCACUGCCGGGCGCAAAUGGACUGGACUGACUGCAAGUCGCAUGCGUGCUCGGAAGUCCGCGCGGCGGCCCUCAGUGGGGAUUGUCGCUUUGGCAACGAGCUUGCUCGGGGGAAUCUCUUCAGCGGCUUCGCCGGCAAGUUCAAAGAGUGUGUUCGCCGGCGAGCGGUGCUCAGUGUCCGCGCCAAUCCUGCCUGUGUGGGAGGGGAUUUCGAGUCGACGGUGGCUGCUCGUCUUGCGGCUGCCGACGCGGCUGCAGCCAGCACCGGUGACGCCAUCCCCCUGAGCAUGCCGACGGCCGGUGCUGUGGCCGCCUUCGAGGCCAGCGAGGAUGCCCGGACGGCGGCCGCCGCCGCUGCUGCUGCUGCUGCUGCUGCUACUGCCAACAGCUCGCCUGACAAUGGUGCCGCUCCUCAGCCUGAUCUGCGGGACCACGCGGAGCGCGCUGUGGAUGCUGUGCUCGAGGUGUGCCUGGCCGAUACCUCGCCAUACAUCAUGCUCCCCUGAGCCGAGCAGGGCAGGGAGAGCUCGUCAGAUCAGGAGAGGGCGGGCCUUUUCCUGCCUGUGCACCCCUGCUUCUUGCUUGACCCUGGGAAUGCCUUGCGUGGGCAUAUUCAUGCAGAUUCCCCCCGCCCCCUCCCCUGGCUCUGCCCCAUCGCACUUAGAAGAGUUUUAUCUCGCCCAAUAUAGAUGAACGUUGAACAGAG